AUCAACGUUUACCUCAACUCACCCAUCAAACCACACACCUCACCUAUUAGAAGUAACAAAAGACCCUCCCUCUCAAAAGAAUAAACAAGUAUAAAAAAGAAGGCACUUCCCUCAAACAGAAACUACCCUCUAUCUCUCUCUUUUCAAGCCUUAAAUGAGUAAAAAAGAGUGAAGAAAGGAAAGAAAGGAGCACCAUUUUUGGUUUGAGAAACAUAAUUAGCAAGAGAGUUCAAAUGGGGAAGAGAGAGUUUAAUGGGGUGGUGUUGAUGAUGCUGUGUUUGUGGGUUUGUGGUGUCACAGCCUCUGUGACUUAUGACCACAAAGCCAUUGUGGUUGAUGGCAAGAGAAGAAUUUUGAUCUCUGGCUCCAUUCAUUAUCCUAGAAGCACACCUCAAAUGUGGCCAGACCUUAUUCAAAAGGCCAAAGAUGGAGGCCUUGAUGUCAUUCAGACCUAUGUGUUUUGGAAUGGCCAUGAACCUUCUCCUGGACAAUACUAUUUCGAAGAUAGGUUCGACUUGGUUAAAUUCGUGAAGCUCGCGCAGCAAGCAGGCCUCUAUGUUCAUCUCCGUAUUGGUCCCUACAUAUGUGCUGAAUGGAACUUGGGGGGAUUUCCUGUCUGGCUCAAGUAUGUUCCAGGCAUUGCUUUCAGAACCGACAAUGAGCCGUUCAAGGCUGCAAUGCAAAAAUUCACUGCAAAGAUUGUCAGCUUGAUGAAAGAAAAUAGGUUGUUUCAAUCCCAGGGUGGUCCAAUAAUUUUGUCACAGAUUGAGAACGAGUAUGGACCAGUGGAAUGGGAAAUUGGUGCUCCUGGAAAAGCUUAUACGAAAUGGGCUGCACAAAUGGCUGUUGGUCUAGACACUGGUGUUCCAUGGGUAAUGUGCAAGCAAGAAGAUGCUCCUGAUCCUGUUAUUGACACCUGCAACGGAUUCUACUGUGAAAACUUCAAGCCCAACAAGAACACCAAACCCAAAAUGUGGACUGAGAAUUGGACUGGCUGGUACACUGAUUUUGGCGGUGCAGUCCCUCGUAGACCAGCAGAAGACUUGGCGUUCUCAGUUGCAAGAUUCAUACAGAAUGGUGGUUCAUUCGUUAACUACUAUAUGUACCAUGGAGGAACGAACUUUGGCCGGACAUCAGGUGGCCUCUUCAUUGCCACUAGCUAUGACUAUGAUGCGCCGCUUGAUGAAUACGGACUUGAAAAUGAACCAAAGUAUGAGCAUUUGAGAGCUUUGCAUAAAGCAAUAAAACAAAGUGAACCUGCUUUAGUGGCUACAGAUCCCAAAGUGCAAUCGCUUGGAUAUAACCUUGAGGCCCACGUGUUCUCGGCCCCAGGUGCUUGUGCUGCAUUCAUUGCUAAUUAUGACACCAAAUCUUAUGCAAAAGCUAAAUUUGGAAAUGGGCAAUAUGAUCUACCGCCUUGGUCUAUCAGUAUUCUUCCUGAUUGCAAAACUGUUGUUUACAACACAGCAAAGGUUGGUUACGGCUGGCUGAAAAAGAUGACUCCUGUAAACAGUGCAUUUGCUUGGCAGUCAUACAAUGAAGAACCUGCCUCAUCCAGUCAAGCUGAUUCCAUUGCAGCAUAUGCACUUUGGGAGCAGGUCAACGUGACCCGCGAUUCUUCAGAUUAUUUGUGGUAUAUGACAGAUGUCAACGUUAAUGCUAAUGAAGGAUUUCUAAAGAAUGGACAAUCUCCUCUUCUAACUGUAAUGUCAGCUGGCCAUGUUCUCCAUGUGUUCAUUAACGGUCAACUUGCAGGAACUGUGUGGGGGGGAUUGGGAAAUCCUAAAUUGACAUUUAGUGACAAUGUGAAGCUGAGGGCUGGCAAUAACAAGCUUUCUUUACUUAGCGUUGCAGUUGGUCUCCCGAAUGUUGGUGUGCACUUUGAAACAUGGAAUGCGGGGGUGUUAGGCCCAGUCACUCUGAAGGGUCUAAAUGAGGGGACUCGAGACUUGUCCCGGCAGAAAUGGUCUUACAAGGUUGGACUGAAAGGUGAAUCCUUGAGCCUUCACACCGAAAGUGGGAGUAGCUCUGUGGAAUGGAUACAAGGAUCAUUAGUGGCUAAAAAACAACCUUUGACAUGGUACAAGACAACUUUUAGCGCACCGGCCGGCAAUGAUCCAUUGGCUCUAGAUUUGGGAAGCAUGGGAAAGGGUGAAGUGUGGGUAAACGGUCGAAGCAUUGGUCGCCAUUGGCCUGGAUAUAUAGCACAUGGUAGUUGCAAUGCUUGUAAUUAUGCUGGAUAUUAUACUGAUACAAAAUGCCGGACGAAUUGUGGACAACCUUCUCAGAGAUGGUAUCAUGUUCCUCGCUCAUGGCUGAGCUCAGGUGGUAACUCCUUGGUUGUGUUUGAAGAAUGGGGAGGUGACCCUAAUGGAAUUGCUUUGGUGAAAAGAACAUGAAGUGUGAUAUUUUGUGAUGCUCUCUUAAAAGGAGCAGCAUUGACAGGCAAUAUAUAUCUUGUAACAAAUGUCUAGGAAAUGCAAAGAAGCUGUCAAGUGAGUCCUAUGCGGUUAGGACCCUAUGAUGCAGCAAUUUACCAAAUACGUGUGGUUUAGAUCAUAUUAGGUUCAGUAUAUAAAAAAUAUUUGAAGUUCAUAAUUGGUGCUCCUUGUCUUCUGGUUGUUCAAGUAUACCUCAAAAGAUUGCCAAGGCCUAAUCAUGCACUGCCUGGCCAAAAACAAAGAUUUAUAUAAGAGAAUUUGGAUGCGCAAAGACUGUGUAUACUGUACAUAGUCAAGUCAGGCUAUUGUGCUGAAUAUUGCCCCAUGUAUUACAGGGCUUGUAUCAAUGAAGAUUGAGCCCUUACACAUUUAUUUAAUUUACUAUGAUACAAUGGAAAGAAUUGUAGACACGCAAAAUGUGUCGGAGAGUAUAUUUGCUAUAUUCUGCCAGAAAUAAUUGUGUUUUCCCAUUAUAAUUAUUAAGUAAGAACAGAUUGAAAGUAAUAAAAUAUCCUUUGAAAUAUUUGUCUUGUUA